UUUUUACACCUGACCUUACAGGAGUUCUUAGCGGCGAAGUAUUUGGUAGACACGUUGAGUUCCAAACAACUGCGGGGUUUUGUUUCCGAUCACAUCCAGGAUGGCGCGUGGAAGGUUGUGAUGCAGUUUGUGGCUGGACUGUUGGCUGAAAAAGAAGGACCAUCAACAGAUAUUUUCAGCGACCUUCUUCCCUCAGAAACGGAUACUGAUGAAGUUGAAAUCGAGAUGAAUGAAGAUUCAGAGGAACGAACUGAAACACUGACCUGGUGGCCACAUUAUAAACACAGGUUAUUAGUGGUGACGCUAUUCAAUUGCAUGUAUGAGAACAAAGCCUCUGAUGGAGAAGUUCAAAAGAAACUGGCGAAAAUUGGUUGUAAGGCGCUUUAUUUUUAUUAUUGUAACCUGUCACCUCUCGACUGUUUAGCAUUAGUGCAUGCACUUAAAUCUGUUGAAGGAAUUUUGGAUUUUCAUUUAGCCGUCAACAACCUUCAGUCGCUAGGAUGUAUUGAGAUUGCGAAGUUGUUACCUGGCAACCAACACAAUCAGGGUUUUUGCGAACUAAAAAGAUUAAACCUCAGGCAUAACAACAUAACUGAUGAAGGAGUAAAACAUUUAGCUACAGCACUCACACACACUAACUGCACACUAAACAGCUUAGACCUCGGGGUUAACAACAUAACUGAUGAAGGAGUAAAACAUUUAGCUACAGCACUCACACACACUAACUGCACACUAAACAGCUUAGACCUCGGGGUUAACAACAUAACUGAUGAAGGAGUAAAACAUUUAGCUACAGCACUCACACACACUAACUGCACACUAAACAGCUUAGACCUCGGGGUAAAAAAACAUAACUGA